AUGGUGCUCAACGGGGUGCAGACUGCAGUCACGGGUGCGCAGGUCGCAGCCGUGGCCGCGGCCGAGACCGCGCAGGCCGCCGCCCUGGCCGUGAAGCAGAUGGACGAGCGCUACCAGAUCUCCAGCAUGCUCAGCCGCAUCUCCGGCUCGCCCGCGGCGCUGGGCGCCUCCCCUGUCAGCAAGCUGGGCGGUGUGCCCUCGCCGUCCCCGGUGCGGGCUCUGGCCGCCGAGCGGAAGGACGCCGGCUCCACGGAGAAGCGGCGGCCGCCGCCGCAGCGGCAGCCGCCACCACCGGUCGUGCCCCCCGCAUCGAAGAGCUUCGAGGCGGCCAUGAGCAAGCCCACGCGCGAGGGCUUGGCGCGGGCGCUGCAGCUGCUCCCCAAGCAGAUGGUCCUCAGCGGCGAGCUGAUGGCGUGGCACACGGGGGGCAGCAAGAAGGUCAAGGGCCUCCCCGAGUACGCCCUGGGGAGCGGCUGGUGGAAGGUGCUCAAGAGCGCCAUGGACGUGCAUGUGGGUCUGCAGUUCGACUUAUCGGACUGGGAGGUGGCAGUUGCGAUGGUGAUCGGCCCGCGCUUCAGCCAGAUGAAGGUGUGCGAGGAAGCCAAGAAGAUCCUCGACUUCGUUGCUGGGUGGAGGCGGCACAUCAGGACUCCACGGGUCAAAACGAUAUGA